AGCAACCAUACCAAGACCAUAGCAGCUAUAGAGGGAAACACAACAAACCAUCAACGGCGGUUAAAGCAGUCAGACGUUUGUUCUGCAGCUCAGCAAAAAUCUCUGCUUUAGGUUUUGGGGAGAAAAACAAAGGAAAACACACGGAGAAGGAUUCUGCAAAGGAAAUCCCAAGUUCUAUUGCAGAUGAUCGAUCGGAGCUGCAGUGAAGAGGACGGCGGUGUUUGUGGGAGUUGGAGCUGAAGAUCGGAGCAGGAACCAUGUCUUCAGAACCUCAGGAAGGUUCUGUCAGAGAACAACUUUCUGCUGCUGAAGGAACCAUCGUCCAGCUUUACUUAAUUGUUCUCCCCCAGCAUUAUGUGAUCCACAACCAGCAGAGGAAUUUCACAGUGCAACAGGAGAAACCAGAACCACCACAGAUUAAAGAGGAGCAGGAGGAACCAGAACCACCACACAUUAAAAAUGAACAGGACGAACCAGAAGCACAACAGAUUAAACAGGAACAGGAAGAACCAGAACCACAGAUUAAAGAGGCACAGGAGGAACCAGAACCACCACAGAUAAAACAGGAACAGGAGGAACCAGAACCUCCACAGAUUAAAAAAAAGCAGGAGGAACCAGAACCACCAAUGAUUAAAGAGGAACUGGAGGAACCAGAACCACCACAGAUUAAGGAGGAACCAGGGGAACUCUGCAUUAGUCUAUAUGAGGAGCGGCUUAACUUGAAGCAGGAGACUGAUACCUUGUUGGAGAUUCCUACUUAUGAGGAAAAUCAGAACAGUAAAGCAGAUCUAAACAAUCAGCAGAGCUUUAAUGUAACUGAUAGUCAGGAUGAAGAAGGAAACCAACAUGAAGAAUCAACAUCAACUACAGAUGAAGGGACAGACCCACAGAACAGAGAUCAGAGGAAGAGAAGAGACAGAAGUCAUGUCCAAAGUGUGGACACUUCUCACAUGUCAGAAGGGCAGUGUGACUCUGGUGGUAAAAUACACUUAUUAACACAUGCAACUUUGGGUGAAAAACACAAACAAUCCCCCAAAGAACAUGAAAUUCCCUCUGCGAAGUCUGGUGAAAGCUCAGGAUUUGUUAGUAAUCUCUUUAUCCCCAUGAAAAAUGAGUCUGAUGACAGACUUUAUGCCUGUUCAGAAGGUUUAAGUCAAUGGUCUAACUCCAGAUUGCACAUGAGAACCCACUCGGGAGUAAAGGCUUUUUCUUGUAAAGAAUGUGAUAAAAGUUUUUGUCAUUUAUCUCGUUUCAAAACACACAUGAGAACUCACACAGGAGAAAAGCCUUUUUCUUGUAAAGAGUGUGAUAAGAGUUUUAGCAGUGUAUAUAGUCUCAAAGCACACAUGAGAAUUCAUACAGGAGAAAAGCCUUAUUUGUGUAAAGUAUGUAAAACAGGUUUUACUCAAAUAUGUAAUCUCAAAACACACAUGAGAACUCACACAGAAGAAAAGCCUUUUUCUUGUAAAGAAUGUGAUAGAAGUUUUAGGAGUGUAUCUAGUCUCAAAGCACAUAUGAGAGCUCACACAGGAGAAAAGCCUUUUUCGUGUAAAGAAUGUAGAAAGGGUUUUAGUGAUUUAUCUGGUCUUAAAAGGCACAUGAGAACUCAUACAGGAGAGAAGCCUUUUUCGUGUAAAGAAUGUACAAAAGUCUUUAGUUUUAUAUUUGAUCUCAAAAAACACAUGAGAACUCAUACAGGAGAGAAGCCUUUUUCGUGUAAAGAAUGUACAAAAGGCUUUGGUUGUAAGUCUAAUCUCAAAAGACACAUGAAAACUCACACAGGAAAAAAUGCAACAUCUAGAGAAAAAUUGUAAUUAAGAAUUAUUAGAAAAAUUGAUGAAACAUUUUUCAAUGUAAAAUCGUUCCUAAUGGUCUUUUAACUGAUCAUGUAGUUUUUAGCCUGUGUUGUAUUUAAGAAGACAUAUUUUCUGUGGUACAGCAGGAGUUCAUCGGAAAUGGUCAUCUGAGUUGUGGGCAGGACUGUUUUCGCUGACAUUAGCUUUGCUAAUUUUCCCAACAUUCCUUUGUUUACAUGCUCUUCUGAUAGCUCAGGGGUGCUCGUGACGUUGAUCACGAUCGAUUGAUUGAUCUUCAAGGACAUGAGGGUAGAUCGCAGGCCAGCAAAGAGAAAUAACCCAAAAAUGAAAAAUAUAUUCCUAAAAAAAUCUGUCAGCCAGUCAAAAAUCUCUCAGAGAAAUACGCAACUUGAUUGAAUAAUGAUAGUAAUCCAUUUUAUGUAUAUGGCUCAUUUCUGGACACACUAGGUAGCCUCAAAGUACGCAAAUAUGCAAAAACAUAAAAAUACAACAGUAAAACUCCACAAAACAAGUUAACAGUUAAAACAGGCGCUUUAAAUAUUAUGUGCUGAAUACAUGACGAAAAAGGUGAGAAAACUGAGAGAGUGAGUCCAUAUUUUUUAGAUCAGAGGUGAGUUCCAGAGUUACGGGGCAGAGCUGCUGAAUGCACCCCCCUCCCCCCACCCCCAUAGUAAUGAGACUGAGUCAUGGAACAGCCAGUCGAGGGGAGGAAGCCGGUCAUGCUUUAGAAAUGCCACGCCCCGCCUAUAUCGCACGGUUUACAGCAGAGCAGUAAAAUUUGCAAUAGUUGCUGCUUUCUGAUUUUGUAAUAAAACGCCUCAUCUGUUAAUGUUAAAAUAUCUCUCUCGCUUUCGCUCUCGCUCUCUCAUUCAGUUAAAAGGAGGCACAAGGGAUUAUUGAAUGCAUAGAAGUUACGUUGUCUAAAGUCUGAUUAAAGUGCUGAAAACAUUCUUUUUUGGUUCUUUUGAUUUUCUAAGAUACUAUUUUUUAUUUCAUCAAUAAGCCACUAUGAUCAUAUAGCUGAAAUAUUGUAAUGUGUAAUGAUUCUAUGCAGCCUGAGUUUCACUUUUUGUAUUGAUUGACAAAAAUAUUUUAGUUGUUCAUGAAAUUAUUUUUUUUUUAGAUUCGCCUGUAAAAUAGAAAUGUGUUGUUUUGAAUUAAGAGGAUACGAUUUUAUUUAAAAAAAAAUGUUAAUCUUUUUCAAUUUUUGCUGAUUGAUUUUAUAAGUAGAUUUUUGUACUUUUAUUAUAUUGUUUAAAUGUGUUACAGUUGACCAUUGUUGUUUUAGGUAAUGCUGAGACAAUGUGCUCCAAGUCAGUGUGUUACCAUGACAACACUAGAAAUAUUUUUACACGUCUCUAAUUCUAAAAUAUGAUUCAUGAACAUUUCAAUAUUGUUUUAAAAAUAAAAUAAUUACAGUCUAUAUUUUUUUGAGUCAUGUUAGCAAAUAACAGUUAAAUAAAGAAAAGAAUUUCCUAAAAAUGUAUUAAGGAAGAUGCAGAUAAAGAACCAGACUGGUGUUUCUGUCUGGUGUUCUUGUGAUUCGUGUUUUCUAGUAAACAUUAGAACUGUUCCUAUGUUAUUUUUAGUUCUCAGUGUUCUGUCCCAAUCUUGUGUGUGAAGAAUAAAGUGGACGUGAACAUCA